AUGUCGGAGCCACCAAAAGAAGCAGCGUCCGCAGCGGGCGAGGAGAAACUCAGUGGAGCGGAAUUGAAGAAGAGAAAAGCCGCGGAGAAGGMGGCGCGGAGAGCAGCGGCAGUCGAACAAAAGGGCGGGCCGUCAACAGUUGAGGUUUCGGCAGCAAGUACGAGCGGCGAGGCCAGCCGCGCGCCCAAGGCGCCUACGGACAAGGCGCCGCAAAAGAGCGGUGCGAGACAAGUGGAUGCGAGCAGGGCGGGACAGUCUACCACAAUGCCGGUUCGCGGGCGGCGAGCAUCGCAGUCGACUCAUGCAGCAGCGGUAGAUCCCAAAUUGGCGCCUGUCAAGAAACAGGAGAACAAGCAGGUCGAGCUGUUCAGCCACCUUUACUCGCAGUCACGUCGCCACAACAUCGACGGCGUUUCCAAAGACGUUCAUCCUGCUGUCCUCGCUCUGGGAUUUCAGCUCUCCAGUUACGAGAUCUGCGGCAGUAGUGCCCGCUGCGUGGCCAUGUUGCAGGCAUUCAAGGAAGCCAUUCAGUCAUACACCACUCCAGCCGGAACAUCCCUGGCGCGACACAUGAACCCCUACWUUCUCUCCCCUCAGAUCGACUUCCUCAAAUCAUGUCGCCCGAUCUCCGAGUCCAUGGGUAACGCUAUCCGCUGGCUGAAGAAGCUCAUCGUGGAGAUUGAUCCGAGCACUGGUGAGCAGGAAGCCAAGGACUACCUCUGUGAUCACAUCGACAAGUUCGUCCAGGAGCGCAUCAUCGUCACAGACCAGGCUAUUGCUGUCUCCGCAUCUGCGAUGAUCAAAAACGGCAGCGUUGUGCUGACCUAUGCAAAGAGCGCGAUUGUGGAGAAGACCAUUCUGCAAGCCCACGCGAGCGGGACACAAUUUCGAGUCUUGGUGGUGGAUUCGAGGCCACUGUUCGAGGGCAAGAACCUUGCCGCGAGUCUUAUGAAAGCAGGUCUACAAGUCGAGUACGUUCCGUUCUCGGGAGUCGCGCACGCGGUCCAAGAUGCCUCCCUCGUCUUCCUCGGCGCACAUUCUAUGCUGUCCAACGGCCGAUUGAUGUCGCGCAUUGGAACAGCAUCCGUCGCCAUGGCUGCGAGCAAGGCCGAUGUCCCAGUCAUAGUAUGCUGCGAGUCCGUCAAGUUCAGCGGGAAAGUGGCGCUCGACAGCAUCGUGCUCAACGAAGUUGCACCCUCUGAGGAGCUCCUCCUGGGAGAAGGCAAGAAGGAACCACAACCAGCGAUUGAAGAGCCUGGCGCAAAGGGAGGCAAGAAAGUUGAGGAAGACGUCGAGCCGAAUGUCAAGACUUUGCACGAUUGGAAGGAUAUCCCCAAUCUGCAGAUAUUGAAUCUGAUGUACGAUGUCACGCCAGCGGAAUACAUUCGCAUGGUCAUUUGCGAAUAUGGCAGUGUGCCACCGAGCUCGGUGCCAGUCGUGCAUCGCUUGGCUAACGAGGGAAUGUGA